CGCUGCAGACCCACGAUGCAGUACCAGACGUGGGAGGAGUUCAGUCGCGCGGCCGAGAAACUCUACCUCGCCGACCCUAUGAAGGCCCGUGUGGUUCUCAAAUAUAGGCAUUCUGAUGGGAGUUUGUGUAUUAAAGUAACAGAUGAUUUAGUUUGUUUGGUGUAUAGAACAGACCAAGCCCAAGACGUAAAGAAGAUUGAGAAAUUCCACAGUCAACUAAUGCGACUUAUGGUAGCCAAGGAAUCCCGCAGUGUUGCCAUGGAAACGGACUAAAUGGUUUGAAUUGAAGAUCUGUCCUGUUCUUAGGAAGCAAAUCUCUUUUGAAUCUGAAAAAGUGUUGGGAAAGAAAAUAGUUUAUGUAACUAAGUCGGCUCUUCAGAAGUGGGGAGAUCCUUUUUUGUACUUUGUGUUUUAAUGUUUACUUUAAAGAGCUAGGAAUGUAAAUGCUUUCAGGUAGAAAACCUUUAUUUUUGAAAAUUGAACAAAUGCAUCUAUGUUGGGAAACCUUUUGCAGGUUGAUAUGGGGCAAAAUAUGUAAUUAUUCUAUGGUAAGUUUGUAUCAGUAAUUUGAAAAAGGCAAUUCUUCCUUAAAUUUAGUUAAUCUGUCUUUAAAAGAAAAUUAGAUGUAACCAUUUUGCCAGAUUGAUAUAUUUCUUUUGGAGCAUAAAAUUUGUGCUGUUGCUGACCAACAAACAUAAAAUAUGGUAACUGGAAUUGCCUGUGCACAGCAGUGUGCCUGACUAUGUAUAAUAUAGUAGUGUAGUC